AAAACAUAGUCAUAGAGAUCGUUGAAAUCGUAAAAAGAAAAAAAAAAUAAUGCAUAUACCUCUCCAGGCUCCAGCUCCGUAAGGCCGUAAUCGAUAUCUAAUUGGUUAGUUAGGGGCUUGGUUGAUUACCUGAUUUUGAGCCGUCUUUGCUGCUACUCCUUAUUAGCCACGACUAUCGACGGAUCUUCAUUUAAAUAUCAUACAUUCAUACAUCGUUUUUGACCUGAUUCAAGUUGGUUAGUGUGAACUUCAGUGAAUGGGUCAUGAUGCUCUAAGAUUAGCCCUGCUGCUGCUGCUUCUUCCUAUUCAAGUUUAUCCGAAUUCUAGUAAUGCAUAUGAUUAUGAGCAUUGUGAGACUAUUGUCGAGAAAUGGGCAUCUUCGUCUCGUCAAACCGAUAAUAACAAUGAUGAUGGGCACAUUUUAAAGGAUUUACUAUUCUUUCUUCAUGUGCCAAGAACUGGUGGCCGAAGUUAUUUCUAUUGCUUUUUGAAGAAAUUGUACUCUAGCUCUUUAGAAUGCCCACGUUCUUAUGAUAAACUGCGGUUCAAUCCACGUAAACAGAAUUGUCGGUUACUGGCAACUCAUGAUGACUAUAGCAUAAUGUCUAAACUGUCUAGAGAAAAAACUUCUGUGGUAACGAUACUUAGGAAUCCCGUUGAACGUGUUUUUAGUGCUUACGAGUUUUCAAUAGAGGUAGCAGCUAGAUUUUUGGUGCAUACUAACUUGACUUCAGCCGCGAAAACAUCUGAAAAAUUGCGUUUAAAGAAGGGUGUUGUAAGCACGCUCGACAUUUGGCCAUGGAAGUAUUUAGUUCCUUGGAUGAUGGAGGAACUCUUUAAACGGAGAGAUGCUAGAAAAAAAAUGGGUCAACCUUUUGCUUACGGGAAUGACCCGUAUAAUGUGGAAGAAGUUGUUCUGCCAUUACACGAAUUCAUCAAUCACCCUGUAGCUAUGGACAUUGUUCACAAUGGUGCCACUUUCCAGAUAGCAGGUUUGACAAACAAUUCUAACAUAUGGGAUGCUCAUGAUGUGCGCCACUGCGUAAUGACCCAUCAAACACUUGGAAAACAUGUGCUUGAAGUUGCAAAGAAAAGGUUGGAUGAUAUGCUAUAUGUUGGACUUACUGAAGACCAUAGAGAAUCUGCCACCAUGUUUGCAAACUUAGUUGGUCAACAAGUCAUUUCACAGUUAGCUGCAUCCAAUCCAGUAACUGAAGCUGGUAACGACACAUCAGCUGUUGAAGCACAAAACAAAAAUAUGACUGUGGAAAAUCUGAUGGAAACUUAUGGAACUUGUGUUUCUAAGUUAAGGUCGUCUCAGUCAAAGCGGCGCAUUAAUUCUUUCAGAAGAAUCUCGCCGGUAAACUUUACAAAAGAGGCACGGCGUCAUGUUUCUGAAGCUGUUCUCAAGCACAUAAGUUUGUUGAAUGGUCUAGACAUUGAACUCUACAAACAUGCUCAGAAAUUUUUUAUUAAACAACAUCAAGUUAUGGAACAUAAACAGGUUGAUUCUGCCACAGAGCAGGAGAGUUGGCAUUUGAUGCAUAGCAGAAACUACAUCGGCUCUGCUUGGGAAAUUCUUUACUUGUUUUUGUUCAUAUUAUUACUCCUCUUCAUUUGCCUUUAUGUAAAUGCAAAAAGAAGAAAGUCAAAAGUAAAGAUAUAACUUUACUUGGCAAUAACUUAAAAUUAUGGCUGUUUUUCAAAGUAUAGAUGCUACACGUUUGACGCUAACACCUGUACUAAUUUGUCACAGAAUGUUCGAUUAAAGUGUCGUCUUUUAUAAAUUAUUUAUCUGAACUCUUUUAUUCAUCA